UUUCCAGUCCGGAUUUCACUUUUUCAGAAGUUCGUUUUCUGCAUUUUCCGAAUUCUUUAACAAAGUUUCAUCCAGAAUUAUUUUAUCAUGAUAUAUUUGUGAUUUAUGGGAAGAUGGACAAUCUGGGAAACUUAUCCGCGCAUCUGUACAUCGGCUGCGACACCGGACUACUCAAAGGAAUCCGGCUUCCAGCGGGUUCCAUCGCCAACACCGCCACGGACAGUGCUUCCGAAAGUUUGGUGAAUAAGGACCGUGCCGUGGACGUGCUGUUCGCGGAGAACGCUUCCGACGCGCCGCAUUCCCUCCACAGCCAUAAAUUGCGGUUAUGCCUGAAGAAUCGCGAUAUUGUCUGUCUGAACGUGGCGGACGCGGAGGAGCCCUUCGCGCGACUCAGUGUCGACGGCGGCGAGGGACGCUUCGUGGGCGGCGGGAUGGUCGAACGGAACACUGUUACCGCCGUGGAAUCCGGGCAUAUUUUCGUCAACGAAGGCAUGCAGAGGAGCAAAAAUGUAGCAUCGGCCGGCGUUGGCCUGGCUCGUUUCAUCCAAGGCCGGAAUAAUCCAAAGUAUUUCGCCAGUGGCGGCCGGGAGAACCACCUCAAAUUGUGGGAUUUAUCCGCACCUGCCUCUCCAGUAUUCACUGCCAAAAAUCUGCCGGACGAUAAACUCCGCCUGACCGUUCCCACCUUUAUCCGCGCGCUGUCCUUCCGCCCCUCCUCCGACGACCGCAUCAUUCUAACCGCCACCGGCUACCACCAGGUGCAGCUGUACGACACCCGCGUCCAACGCCGCCCCCUGCGUUCCUUCACGUACGGCGAGGACCCCCUGACCAGUCUGGACGUCAGUCCCCACAAUCCCGACGCCAUCCUGCUGGCCAACCGGCUGGGCAAGGUGGCGCUCUUCGACUGGCGCGGGACGAAAGCGCUGCCGGUGCGCGCCUUCACCGGCAGCCAGGGCAGCGUCAAGCAGGCGCUCUUCCAUCCCCGGGAGGCGGGGGUCUUCGGGGUCAUCGGGAUGGAUCGGUAUCUGCGGGUGUAUCGCCAGGAACAGAAGGCGCCCGUGAAAGAGGUGUAUUUGAAAUCUCAGCCGCUGUGCUUAUUGUGGACGGAUGAAGUGGUGAAAAGCUGGAACAGUGAUGACGAACCGACGGAUUCCGUGGAUGAACAAGUGGCCGAUACGAAGCGGAAAAUCAGCGAGCCCGACGAAGAUGAUGGUGUGUGGAACACGAUGCAGACCGUGGACGACCAGAAGCGCCCCGUCACCACCAAGAUUACGCGACAAAAACCCAGGAAAAAAAGUAAACUGAAAGAUUGAAAGAAAACUGUCUUUUUUAAUUUGUUUGGAUAUUUUUAUCAGCUAUCGUCAUACAGUUCGCAGUGAUUUUUGUGCGAGACAGUUCUGAACGGAAUUAAAAGACCAGACUGUUUGAUUUAAUUUGAGCCAUGUGAGGUAGGCUGGCCGCUGGUGUGCGAUAUGGCAACCGAAGCAGGCGUGAUAAAGACCUUUGCGCUGUGACA